AUGGCUUGCGCCGGGUAUCAUUCGUUUCUAUGCAUUCUCUCUCUCUCUCGUCUCUUCCGCCGCCACGUCUGCUUCCUGGCCGUGUCCUCCUCCGCGAGCAAGUUUCCUCCUCCGCGCGCCGCCUUUUCUAUUUGUUGUCUCGCCUACUGGGAAGCGCUUCACGCCGGCGCACGCGCGGCAGCGGACGGUGAGCACGUCAGUGGCCCAUGGCUUGCGCCUGCUCGCGCUGCCGACCGAGGCGUCGCAAGACCGGCCCUCGAUGAGCAGCGCGUCGCAGUACCGGCAGACGCUGCGCUUCAUCACAGGACACGGCCGGAUCAGCACCUUGCGGGUGACGGCGCGCAUGUCGGCGAGAAGACUUCGCGACAUGUUGCGCAGGGCGCGCUGCUGCUGUUUCUGGUCGUCGUCGGCGGCUCCGUGGCUCGCUGGCUGGGCUGGGAGAUCCGAAGCGGCGGCGGCGGUGUCGUCGUACCCUGGCCUGCUGCUGUUGGCUGCUGCUCGUACGCUGUUGGGUGUGUCGUUGACAGUGCUGGGCUGCAGGGAAGCGGUCGCAAGAAAGGCAGCGGCUUGGUAGAGCCGACACCACUUUCGUCGCCUCAACGAUCUGUGCGCAAACGCAGCCUGUCGAUUUUCCGAGAAUUUCGCUCGGAAUUGAUCUCCGAAAGAUCCGUCGCUAUCUACCCACACGAAACACCGCUCAUCAUGUCUCACGAGGAGGAUCUCAUUGACUACUCCGACGAGGAGAUUGGUGCCAACGAGACCGCCAACACAGCGACUAAAAAAGGCGAGCUUGCCGCCAAUAGCAAUGUCGACAAGAAGGGUAGCUACGUCGGCAUCCACUCCACCGGUUUCCGUGACUUUCUGCUGAAGCCCGAGCUUCUGCGCGCCAUCGGAGACUGCGGUUUCGAGCAUCCAUCGGAGGGAACGAAGACGGAAGAGGCAAGUUCGCGCUUGGAAGAAAGCAAGACUGUAGAUGACUAUAUUGACGGCCUUCCGGCCUUUCGGAUCGACGCCGUGGAUCUUGGCCGAAGCGCGACCAGUCCUGGUGGUAGAACGUCUAGGUCCAAGACGUCAAGCAGACCGUUGGAGAAAAGCGGCAAGGCAAACCCCGUUGAUGUGCAAUGGCACAUUGACAUGGAUCUUGUCCAACAAACCUGCAUUCCCCAGGCUCUUCUCGGUGGUGAUAUCAUCUGCCAGGCCAAGUCUGGUCUUGGCAAAACUGCCGUCUUUGUGCUCGCGACCCUGCAGCAGGUUGAGCCUGUCAACGGCGAGGUUUCGGUUGUGGUCAUGUGCCACACUCGCGAGCUGGCCUACCAGAUCCGCGAUGAGUACAACCGUUUCAGCAAGUACAUGCCCGAUAUCAAGACCGGUGUCUUCUAUGGUGGUACUCCCAUCAAGACCGACAUGGAGACCCUCAAGAACAAGGACACUUGCCCUCACAUCAUUGUUGGCACUCCCGGCCGUCUCAAGGCUCUUGUCCGCGACAAAGCUCUGCGCCUUGGCAGCGUUCGCAUCUUUGUUCUCGACGAGUGCGACAAGAUGCUCGACCAACCCGAUAUGCGCACUGAUGUGCAGGACGUAUUCCGCGCUACUCCCCACCAGAAGCAGGUCAUGAUGUUCUCCGCGACUCUGUCGGAGGAGGUCAAGCCUAUCUGCAAAAAGUUCAUGCAGAACCCUACCGAGCAUUACGUUGAUGAGGACACCAAACUUACUCUGCACGGUCUGCAGCAGUACUACAUCAAGCUUGAUGAGAAAGAGAAGAAUCGCAAGCUCAAUGACCUCCUCGAUGAGCUGCAAUUCAACCAGGUCAUCAUCUUUGUAAGGAGUACUGUCCGCGCUACGGAGCUGGACAAGCUGCUGCGCGAAUGCAACUUCCCCUCGAUUGCUGUCCACUCGGGCGUCAGCCAGGAGGAGCGCAUCCGUCGAUACAAGGAGUUCAAGGAAUUCAAGAAGCGUAUCUGCGUUGCCACUGACGUAUUUGGUCGCGGCAUUGACAUUGAGCGUAUCAACCUAGCCAUCAACUACGACCUGUCCGCUGAUGCCAGCUCGUACCUUCACCGUGUCGGUCGUGCUGGUCGCUUCGGCACCAAGGGUCUCGCCAUUUCGUUCAUCAGCAGCGAGGAUGACCAAAAGGUUCUUGGCGAGAUUGAAAAGCGCUUUGAGGUCGCUCUUCCCGAGUUUCCCAAGGAGGGUGUUGAUGCCAGCACCUACAUGGCUUCUUAG